AUGUCGAAAUAAAACUUAAGUAACUACAUCAAAUUUUUAAAUCAUCUCACAGAAUUAGAACAAAAAGGUCUCCUCACUUCAAAACAAAAGCACCUUUUGAAAGUCAAUCUCACAACAAAAGAAUAAACAUUAGAUAAACUGAUUUGCUCCUUUGAAGAUGAGGUGAAUUAUUAAAACUCCAUACUCUAAUAUCUAAGCGCAAUAGAACCUUAAACUAAGUAAAAAUGCCAUUCUUCAGGGGAAAACGAAGCUCAAUUGAAGUUUAGAAAAAGGCAUAAUUCUCAUUCUAAGGUUACUACUUUUAAUGAGUCUAAAUUGAUAGCAAAUUUGGAUGAGCUGAAUGAUCAAUUAAUGAAUAUAUGGCAAGCAGAUGCUUAGUUUCUCUUUAAUCAAGAAAUUAAUGAAAAAUUAAGGAAAGUUGGAGAAUUAAUUAAUAAAACAACCACUUUGACACCAUUAGGCUCUUAAAAACAAGUUAACAGCAUAAGUGAGACUCAUGUUUUGAUUGAUGGUUUAAGGUCACUUUACAAAGACAUGAAACAACAUUUUAAUGAUUAUUUGCGUUGUCAUAUUUUGUUGAUGGAUGAUCAACUUACUACUGAGCAUCUAUAUAAAGUCUUAAGAGCCUUCAUGAAAAACUUAGUUGAUGCCGAUGAAGUUACAUUCAUAAUAAACAAUGAAUUAUACACCUCAAGAACUGAACAAUUCGAAGAUAUUAUAAUUACUCAGCAGUAACAAUAAGAGAUCGAUCUAAUUCAAGAUAAAAAGCUAAUUGACUUAUCUUAAUGCUAUCCUGAGUUGGGAGUACUAUUUUAAACCAAUUAAUAUAAAGGUAAUUAUGCCCUUAAAAUUUCAAACUCUUCUUGCAUUUUUUGUUUUCAUUAAAAAAGAGAAAAAAAUAUCAUUAUAGAUUCCUUUCUAUCUCUUUGCAAUGAGUAUUAAUUCUUUGAAGAAGUCAAUCAAUUGGCAUAUUUUUUAUUGGAAACCCUUAAAUAAGCUAGAGUUUAAUGCUUUAAUCCUUUAUAACUAUCUCAUAUGAUUUAAGAUAUUGGAAUUGCCUUUAUAAGAUGUUCGAAAUAUAUAUUCAUUCAAAAAGUGAUCGAGAUGCUCAAAAAUAGAUAUUAGUUAUCUAAAGAGAACCCUUCAUUUUCAAGUGACUAACCUUUCGUUGAGUUUGAUUUUAGAGACUCCUUAAAUUUGAGUAUAUAUAUCUGUAUGGAUUUGAAUAAAAAAGAAGAGAUGAAUGUUUAUUAAUAAUUGAAUUUGAGUUACAAUAAAUACUUGAAGUUUAUCAAAUAAUGUUAUGAUAGAACAACAUUUUAUAAAUUCUUUGUAAAAUCUUAGGACUCAUUAAUUUUUGAAUUUGAUAAAUAGGGUUUAAUAACAUUUGUUUCUUAACCAAUAACAAGUAAAUUGGCUGAUGAUUUUGGCAUCAAUUUUAAUCCUUAGAUGUUUAAUGCAUCUUACAAGAACAUGUUCAAAAAUACAAGUUUAUUAUAGCAUAUUGAGAAUUAAUUAUAGGAGUAAAAUUAAUGGAAAUUGACCGAUAGCAAUUCAUCAUAUGAAGUAUUUAUGAAAAUGGAGGAGAAGUACUUCAAAGGAUUUUUUGUGAUAUUUUAAUAAGGCUGGUUUAGAUAUGAUCAGAAAGAAUUGGAAGCUAAUUAAUGGAAUAAGUUAAGGAAAAAGAUUAUAUAAUCAGAAACAAAGUAAUAUUUAGAUAAAUUGGAACAAAAACAUCCACAAUUGAAAAAUUCAGUGGUUCAGAUGUUUAAGCCGAAAUCAUCAUAGAAAUAGUCUUUGUUUAAGAAUUUCAGUCCAAACUUCAGUCCAAAUCACUUAGAUUAAAGAAUUUCACUGAAAGAGAGUCAGAAUGAUAGGAAAAUUCUUAAAACUAAGGGAGUGAAUCACUUUUAUUCAGAUAUGAUUACAGACACGGAUAUUGAAGACAUUAAUAAUCUAAAAUUUAAUAUUUUGCCAUAUAGUUGUAAUUGGUUGGAGAAAUAAAAAGUAGUAUUCUAUAUUUUGAGAAGAAACAACUUUAUUGAGGAUUAUAAAAUCAAUGAGACUGCCCUAUGCAAUUUUUUAUGUGCUCUUGAGUAUAAAUAUAAUAAAAGUGGGAAUCAGUUCCAUAAUUAUGAUCAUGGAGUGACUGUAAUGUAAUGUUCCCAUGCAAUAAGUUUGGAGAUCAUGAAAACAAAACAUGCUCACUUGUUAACUCAAUUUACCAAAUUUGCCCUAAUAUUAGCAGCAUUAUGUCAUGAUGUAUCUCAUACAGGAAGAACGAAUACAUUUGAGAUUAAUAGUCUUUCUAAUUUGGCCAUUAGGUAUCAUGAUAAGAGUGUAUUGGAAUAACACCAUGCAGCAACGUCUAUUAAAAUGCUUUGUGCUCCAUCUACAAACAUUAUUCCUAAUUUUAAUUCAGAGGAAUUUAGAGAUUUUAGAAAGUUAUUUAUUUCUAAUAUUCUCUUUACUGACAUUACUGAACAUUUUAAUCUGAUCAAGAGUUUUGAAGCUCGUACAUAAGAAUUAAAUUUUGGAACAGAACAAGAUGUACGAUUGAUGACAGGUAUUAUCAUUCACACAUCUGAUUUUGCUGGAGCAGCUAAGCCAUUCCCUAUAAGUAAGCAAUGGAGUACUAGAGUGAAUACGGAAUUUUAGGAAUAGUACACUUUGGAAGGUAAAUUUGGUUAUCCUCAAUAGCCAUAUAUGAAAGAUUUAGAUUAGUUACCGAUAAUGGCUAAAUCUGAAGUGGGAUUUUUUAAAUUUAUUGUCAGACCUUUGUGGGCAGUGAUGUCAAAAUUUGUUGAAGAUCGAUUGCAGGAGAGUAUUGAGAAUCUUGAUUACACAAUUAUUGAAUGGGAAAAAUUAAUGAUUAAAUGA